AUGUUCUGUGAUAUGAUUGACUCUGAGGUGUUUGACGAGCUUCGCUGUUCUGACAGCUCCACUCAGGCUCUGGCGGACAACACCGUGCUCUUGCUGCAAGACGCCUGGUUGCUGGUACGCUUCCCAGUCAUGAUCAUCGGUGGCAUUGUGAGCAAGAACCUGGCAACCUCCAGCCACCAUGCCCCAUCCAUGGAAGAUUAUGGGAUGCACUUUUCUCCAGACUUGUGGUUUUCUGGCAGCAGCCUUGAAGGGAGUCUUCCCUUGGAAGAACUCGCUGCAUGGGCUGAGGCAGCUCUCGCUAAGGAGAUGAGAAACAACAUGUUUGAGACUGCUGAAGCUGUUUCCAGCUCUCUCACAGAGGAGGAACUGGUUUUUGCUGCCCCACGAAACCAGGAUGGCAGCAGCACUGUCACAAGUACUACGUGUGUAAAGGAAGAAAAGGCCAAGGUGCUCAAAGGACGGACCCGGGGGCUGUUCUCAGACAGCCAGUUAAAAACUCUUGUCAAUCACUUUAAUCAGAAACAUUACCCUGACCCACGGGAGAUGACAGAGUUGGCAGAGUUGACAGGACUGACCUACAAACAGGUGAAGACUUGGUUUCAAAACCGAAGGAGAAAGUUUAGGAGGAGUCCAGAUUAUCAGCAUCUCAAUCAGGGCGUCCCACUUCAUUUUCAGGGAGCGUCCUCACUCAGCGAGCAACUGGACAUCAGCUUCAUGAGAAUGGGUGCAAAUAAUCAGGCCCACUAUCCUCAUGCUGUGGGCAAUGUUGUCCCUGUACCUCAAUGGACCCUCCACAACUCACCCCAGAUGCCACCAGGCAACGGACAUUAUGAUUGCAACACCAGUGUCUUCAGCACUGCAUGGAAUGUGAACAACCCCGGACUUCACAGUACAAGUUUUUACAGAGAAAGCGGAGAGCCUUGCUAACAGCUAAAGAUGGCUGCAGCUACUGUUACAUCCCUCUUUCAUUUCUCAACGAUCAUUCUGAAGCCUUAAGAUGAGCAUUUCUGAUAUACUGAACGAUAAUAUUAUUUUUUCAUGAUUUUAUUUUAAUUAUCAAGUUUAUUAAGUUAAUUAAAAGUUAAAGCAGAGGGAGGUUUGACUGGCUCGGUGAACUUCUGCAUCAUUUACAGUUUUACAAAAUAAGAAAAUACAAAAAUUUGUUUGGUCAAGA